AUGUCUUCUCGCCAAGUUGACGCUAAUGGUUUUCAAGAUUCUCAAAGCUAUAAAAAUAACCAAAACUUACAAAAAUACAGACCUUUAGCUCCAAAGUUACCAUAUACUCAAAUGGUUGAUAGCUCUUCUCGGCAAUUUUUAAAUUUCCAAUUAACAUCUAAAUCAGGUACUCAAGUAUUAAAACCAAGUACUCCAAUGGUAGCUGCUGAUAUAAACACUCGAGUAAUAGAAAGGUCAAACAUUAUCGUUGAUACUACUAUAAGGGAAAGACCAAAUGAUUAUGAUUCAUUACAUGAAACUAAUGAUUUUGAUCAAGAGUACUUAAUGGAUUUGGAAAAAGUGAAGAAAUUAAGACAAGAAAAGAAGAAAGAUAUUAUUAAAUCAAAAACUGCAGAAAGUAUUAAAAGGCGAUUGAAUAGACUCUUAGAAAAGUAUGGUAAAGUGAAGCAAGAAAACUAUCAAAGUGGAUCAGGAUGA